AUGCCUUCUAUCAUUUCUCUUGCAAAGGUUGCGCUUCUUGCACUCCCAACACUUGCAUCUGCGGCGGGACAGAUGGGUUUUUCACUCGGUGCUCGAACAAAUCCAGAUGGGGCAGAUAAAACGACAACGGAUUUUGAAAACGAUCUUGAUGUAAUCAAGACACAGAGCACAAUAAUCCGGACCUAUUCAGUGAGCGAUCACGGAACAAUGGAGAAUAUCAUGCCCGCUGUCAUCGCAAAGAACUUCAAGAUUGUCCUUGGUGUUUGGCCCACUGACGACGCUAAAUUUGAGAUUGAGAAGGAAACCCUGAAAGAGUUCAUUCCAAAGUUUGGAUUCGAAAAUAUCUAUGCUAUCACCGUUGGGUCGGAGUCUUUAUACCGAAAAGAACUCACUGGUGCAAAGCUCGCAACGAAGAUAAAUGAGGUCAAGGAUAUACUCAAGGAGCUCGGAGCCGAUAGCAUCCCCGUAGGAUUUGCGGAUUCAUGGAAUAUGAUUGUCACUAGUGACGCAAAGCCUGCUAUUGAGGCCAGCAAUAUCAUCCUGGCCAACGCUUUCAGUUACUGGCAAGGGCAAAAGAUGGACAAUGCCACACAUUCUUUCUUUGAUGACAUAAUGCAGGCUCUAAGCCAUGUACAAGAAGUCAAGGGUUCGGACCUUGACUGGGACUUCUGGGUUGGCGAGACCAAUUGGCCGACUGGUGGAAAGGAUUAUGAAAAUGCUGUCCCUAGCACUGAAAAUGCUGCCACAUUUUGGAAAGAAAGCGUCUGUGCGAUGCUUGCUUGGGGAAUCAACAUUUUUGUUUUUGAAGCCUUUGAUGAGGUUUUCAAACCUGUCGAAAAGGGCAACGAUGUUGAGCACCAUUGGGGUGUGUGGGAUGAAAAUUAUAAGCCCAAGUACGAUUUGAGCUGCCCGACUUAA